AUGAGUGUCGCCAAAUCUGCCGAACCAGCGCCCUAUGAGUCGAUCCGGCAACGAUCCCUCGCUGUUGCUGCGCAGGUAAAGGAGGAGCAGGGGUGGCUGGAGAGAAAGCUCAAACCCAAGACAGUAUCGGCGAGAUAUCCUUUCAAAGGGAAACUAUUGCUGUACGCAACAUGUGGCUUUGGAAGUUUAGGAGAUGCAUUGUUCGGUUUUAAUUCCGGUAUCAUGUCCGGCUUGCUGGUCAACGAGGUCUUCAUAUCUCGCUUUUUCAGCAACUAUGGAGGUGCCGACGGGACCACAAGUGGCGUUGAUCCUUCAAUCACGGGCAUUUCAGUCGCAUGUCUACAAGCGGCGGCGGCGGUUGGAUCUCUGAUUGCCGGGCGACUUGGAGACAUCAUUGGCCGAAAGAAAUGUGUCCGCGUCGGCGCAUUCAUUUACUUCUUCACCUCGUUCAUGCAGAUGUUCGCCCCUGACUUCGCUACAUUCAUUGCGGGUCGUACUAUUCAAGGAAUUGGCAUCGGCUUCCUGUCCAUGACGGUGCCUAUCAUUCAGACAGAAAUCGCAGCUGCAAAUCGGCGUGGUCUGAUGGUUGGAAUUGAAUAUACCUUCCAGAUUGCAGGAUACAUGCUUUCGUGCUGGGUCGACUAUGGUUUCAACUUCUUGCUACCUGAUCAUUUGUCGUGGCAAGGCCCUUUUAUCGUUCAGAUCGUUCUCUCUUUUGUCUUACUGGCCAUGUCAUUCUUCCUGCCAGAGACACCCCGAUGGUUGGCAAUCAAUGGAUUCGUAGACGAAAGUCUACAGACGAUCGCGGAUCUGCAUUCCAAUGGUGAUACACAAGCGGAUCACGUCCAGCGAACCUUCCUUGAAAUCCACGAGGCGGUCAUCUAUGAGAGUAACCUGGGGAAAUCCAGCUGGACAGAAAUGUUCACCCGGUAUCGAAAGCGAACUAUUGUCGGAAUCACUGUGCAAAUGUUUGCUCAGAUCAACGGCAUCAACAUCAUUUCUUUCUAUCUCCCGAGUACUCUUUCAUCGGCCGGUUACGACAACCGAAAAUCUCUCUUGUAUACUGCCGCGAAUGCCUUACCUUACACAGCUGCAACAAUUGCUACUUGGUGGCUCGCCGACAAUUGGGGCCGGAAGCCUCUACUCAUUUCUGGAGGCAUCGGUAUGGCAGUCCUUCUAGCAAUCGUCUGUGUCUUCACACAACUCGACUUGGACAUUCAAGUCAAAGCAAACGGCCAAUAUGCUUUCGUCAUGCUCUAUAAUAUCCUUUACGGAUUCACCUGGGGCCCUAUGCCCUGGCUUUUGCCCGCGGAAAUCUUCCCUCUCCGUGGAAGAAGCAAAGGUAUGGCCUUGGCCACGACCAGCAAUUGGGUCUUCAAUUUUAUCAUUGGCAUGGUGUCUCCUGAUGCAUUUGCUGGAAUCCAUGGGUAUUUCUACAUUGUCAUUGCAGGUUUCUGUCUUUCCUCGGCAACCCUCGUCCAUUUCUAUUACGUCGAGACCGCACAUCAUUCUCUUGAAGAGAUUGCUGUUGCAUUUGGAGACAAGGCUUUCGCUGAUUGUGACGUUGAAGUCAUGGAAGAAGCUAACAGUGAGACCAUUGAGCAUUCUGCAUGA